AAAUGCCAGCAGAUGAGGGGAAACUCUAUUUCCUUUUACCCUAAAAAGAAUUUUCAGUCUAAACCUGACGGUAGGGGUUCAUCGACGUUUCCGGCAGCGGCUACUAUUUCCUAGACGUCGGAGUCUCAUCGAGGCUUCUCCCGGACUAGUCCAGUUCAAGCCCAGGCUAUAAUUAUUCAAUAUGUUUCCACUGACUGAGGAAAACAAGCAUAUCGCCCAGUUGUUGCUCAGGACUGGUAGCUGCCCAAGAUGUAUCUUCAGAUUCUGUGGUGUGGAUUUUCAUGCUCCUUACAAACUUUCAUACAAGGAGUUGCUCAAUCAACUACAGAACUUUCUGAAAACUGAAAAAGAUGAGUUAAUUUUGGAAGUUUCAAAUCCACCUCCCAAGAAAAUUCGACUGCAAGAACUAGAAGAUGGAAUUGGUAAUCUGAGUCAAAAUGGAGAAGGAAGGAUCUCUGUUAUUGAAGAUGAAAACUUUGGUUCCAAGAACUCAAAGUUAAAUGUAUGCAAUAUAUGCCUAGGAAUUCUUCAAGAAUUUUGUGAAAAAGAGUUCAUUAAAAAGGUGUGUCAAAAGGUUGAGGCCUCUGGAUUUGAAUUCACCAGCUUGGUAUUUUCAGUCUCCUUCCCACCACAGCUAUCUGUAAGAGAGCAUGCUGCAUGGUUGCUGGUAAAACAGGAAAUGGGAAAACAGAGUCUGUCGCGAGGAAGAAAUGAUAUAGUUCAGCUAAAAGAAGCCUACAAAUGGAUAACUCACCCCCUGUUUUCAGAGGAACUGGGUGUUCCCAUUGAUGGAAAGAGCUUGUUUGAAGUGAGUGUGGUCUUUGCUCACCCAGACACAGUUGAUGAUUGCCACUUCCUGCGUGUGAUAUGCCCAGAUUGUUUCAAGCCAGCAAAAAACAAACAGUCAGUAUUCACUAGAAUGGCAGUCUUGAAAGCUCUGAAUAAGAUAAAAGAAGAGGAUUUCUGCAAGCAGUUUCCUUGUCCUCCAAGCUCACCAAAGGCUGUAUGCACUGUUCUUGAAAUUGAAUGUACUCACGGUGCUGUUUUUGUGGCUGGGAGAUAUAAUAAAUACUCCAGAAAUUUGCCACAAACUCCUUGGAUAAUUGAUGGAGAAAGGAAGCUGGAGUCUUCGGUGGAAGAGCUAAUUUCAGAUCAUCUUUUGAAAGUAUUCAAAGCAGAAAGUUUUAAUUUUUCAUCCUCUGGAAGAGAAGAUGUAGAUGUGAGAACAUUAGGAAAUGGAAGGCCCUUUGCAAUUGAGCUGGUGAAUCCUCAUAGAGUACAUUUCACUUCACAAGAAAUUAAGGAACUUCAGCAGAAAAUUAAUAAUUCAUCUAACAAAAUCCAGGUCCGUGAUUUGCAGCUUGUUACAAGAGAGGCAAUAGGACAUAUGAAAGAAGGUGAAGAAGAAAAGACCAAGACAUACAGUGCCUUAAUAUGGACAAGUAAAGCAAUACAGAAGAAAGACAUUGAAUUCCUAAAUGACAUGAAGGACUUAAAGAUUGAUCAGAAAACACCUCUACGGGUUCUUCACCGGAGACCACUGGCUGUGAGAACUCGAGUCAUUCACUCCAUGGAUACAUGCUACUUGGAUGAGCAUCACUUCCGCCUCCAUCUUAAGACUCAAGCAGGAACCUACAUUAAAGAGUUUGUACAUGGAGACUUUGGAAGAACCAAGCCAAACAUUGGCUCUCUGAUGAAUGUGACUGUAGACAUUCUUGAGCUGGAUGUGGAGUCUGUAGAUGUUGAUUGGCCCCCUGCUCUGGAAGACUAGCUUUCAAACUGGGCAACAAAGGUUUUCCUGGCCUGAUGUGGACAUCCACCAUGUUUACCCACCAUAGGGUGUCUCAGUAACAACUUGGAUCAUGUUGAUCUCUAUAUUUUAAAAUCUGUUGUAACAUCUCAGGAUCUAUGUAUGUGUAUAUUUUGUUAUAUGGUUCUAAGAAUGUCAUGAUUUUUCUUGUUUCCUCUUCAACCCCCCAACAAACCAAACAAUGCAUAAUGAAUUAAUUUUUUUAAUGCUUCAUUUAGAGAGGUAGACAAGAUAAAUUCUGAUAAUCUGAGCUGUAAUUUCUCUUAGCAAAAUUUCCCUUCACAAGAUACAUACCAUGUUUAAAAUCAUGUAAUAAAAUUUAAAAAUGAUUUUGAUAUACAUUAUAUCUAGAUUUAUGCAAUACAGUAUGCUUUAAGAUAUCAAAUGCAAACCUGACAUGAUUAUUAUUUUUCCUAUUAAGUUUCAAGUAAGCUAUUACCAGUAGAAGUUGGUGUGAUAUGUCACAUCUUAAUCAUUUCAAGUUACUAUUUUGACAAUCUAAAACUGUCAAUAAAUUUCCUGGGAAAUGAAACCUUAGGAAUUGAGGCAUGUCGUGGUAAGGAAACUCCUUUCUUUUAAAUGAGACACAAGUGCCUGCAAUAACUUCAAUCCCAGGGAUAAGACUUCAAAAAAAUCUAGAUUGCUAAAGGUAAACUGAUACUAUUCUUGAGUGCUUCCUUGUAUUACUCAAUUUCAACCAUCUUCAUCAGGUAAAUAGGAUAUUAUCACUUCUAUUUUAUAAACAUAAAAACCAAAGAAUAGGCAAUAGAUGGUUUAUCUAAAAUUGUCACUUCCAUAGAUAGGAUGAACUGAAGUUUCCUGGUCUCCAGGGUCCUUUCUAAUAAACCCUUUUACUGAGCACCUGCUAUGUGAAGGAGACCCCUAAGGAUGUCAUUUAAAUGUGUAUAACAUGGUGAUACAUGAUACCUGACCUUUGGAAAUGAGAGAGCAAAUCAAGGAGCUUACCAAAAAACAACCCAAGUAUAUUUCAUAUGAUCUCCUAUGAUUACCAUUGUUAAUAAGUUAAUCAUCAGUUGGUACUACAAAGAGGAAAAGUAAGCUAAACCUAAAAAAAAGUCAUUAUCAGUUAAGUUUCAGAUUUGAGUGUAAUUUCCAUCAUUUCUGAUUCAACUGUCAGCUUAUUUUAUAAUACAGAUGACUUGGAUAGUACUGAAUUAGUUUCCCAUCUCUACACUAUACAUAGCUCCUGUAUACAAAGAUAUAUUAUCCACUUUACAAAUCAGGAAAAUGAUGAAAUUUAGAUAAGCUACAUAUACAAAUAACAGCAUUUUUUUUUUCACUAUUUCCAAUGCCAGGAAAUGAUAAAGGGAUAAUAGAAAUAAGCUUUUGAUAAAGAGUAAAGCUUUUGUGUGAACAUUUUUGAGUUUUGGUGGAAAUGUUACAACCAAAGAGAUCUAAAUAAUUUGGGAGAGAUCUAAAUAAUUUGGGAGAUAGUUUUUUUUUUUUUUUUUUUUGCAAGUUUCAUUUUGAUUCAGCUGUGAAUUCAGUGAAUCUGCGAAAUGGAAGAACCUCUUCAGCAAACUUAAAUUAGAAGACUUCUAUUUCCAUUUGUGAGAUAUGCAAUAUUUUAAGAGUAGAUAUUAGUUGUAAAUACUUAUUCAAAAUGUUCACGAGACAUGGGUGUUUAAAAAUUAAUGUAGGUCUGCUUUAUGCAGACCUGUAAACAUUAAAUAAUGAAUACUAUAGUUUCGUGUUUGCCUCUAUGAAAGUAUUUUUACAUUUGUUAUUGCCUCUGAUAGUACUGAUUAAACAUCUUUUUAAAAGCAUUUAGAAAAGGGGCCCUUUAUCUCUUUGUGCCGAUAUAGUCUGUGAUUUAGUUUAGGCAAAAUGUCAACUCUGAAUACUUGGAAAAGUAAAAGUAAAGUUGGUGAAGUGAAAAAUUUUUCAAGUAAAAUGAUUACAUUGUACAUUACAUGA